GCUGGAGUGCCUGUUUUAUUUCGGCACCAUUUGGGCAACAUGUAUUGGUUGAGAAAUUUCUAACCCAGGAAGUGCGACAUCUUCACUGAUGCGGAUGAAUGUCAUUAUGUGUUAGAGCACCCUUAUUGAGGUUUCCGAGAAGGAAUACCGAUUCUGUUACUUUAUUACGCAAUUGAUACGCUUGAUAUUUUCGUGUAAAUAUUGAAAGUUUUCAUAUUGGAGAUUUGAAACGAAUUUCUCCUUUCUGUACGUAAUAGCCCACUAAAGUUGUUGAAUUUUAAUUUGGACGUGUCUUUGUUGACUACAAUAGUUUCUUAAUGGACCUAAUAGCCUGUCCUAUGUAGCCUUAGAAUAGCUUACUUAUUAAAGUUGUGUAAUUAUUAACAUUGGUGGUGAAAAUGGAGAGAUGUUUUAACCCCAAAGAAGAUGUGGUGAAAGUUUAUAUACGGCUAGUAUUCUUAAAAAUCGGUGAAAUUAACACAUUAAAGGAGAAAUAUGCAGCAGAUAUAUUUUAUCAAGCAAGAUGGCAACUACCACCUGGCCAUCAAAAGAUUUCACGAAUAGCUGAUUACAAUAAAGAUUCAGUCUGGCAUCCACAGUUGUAUAUAGAGAAUGUAUUAGGUGAUGCUAAGGAAGAUGUGUGGAGAUAUGCUGAAACUAACUCAGAUGGUAAAAUAUCAGUGUUUGAAUGUCGGAGAGUUAAAGGCGUUUUUAUAGAAAAUCUGGAAUUACAACAUUUUCCAUUCGAUACACAGGAGCUAUCACUGACGAUAUCCUCGGAGUUAUCAGAACUAGAAGUAGAUUUAGUGGAGGAAACCGAGGAACUCAGCAGUGUUAAUAAACAGAGUUUUGUCGAUGAACAGGAAUGGCGGUUAUAUGAACACGUCGAGAUGUUUCCGAAGGUGUCUACUAAAGAAUACACCAGUUCUAGAGAUCGUCAUCCUACCAUGUUAGUUAUGUGUCAUGCUGCGAGAAGACCUGGAUUUUUUAUCUGGAAUAUUUUUCUUAUUAUGUUAUUAAUCACUUUGUUAUCAUUUGCAACGUUUGCUGUGAGUACUGAUUUAACCCAAAAUCGAUUGCAGUUGUCUUUCACACUCAUGUUGACGGGUGUCGCUUUUAAAUUUGUAGUCAACCAAUCCUUACCCAGGAUUUCCUAUCUCACCUAUUUAGAUAAGUAUAUCUUGUCAUCUAUGGUGUACAUAUGUGUAGUGUGUAUCUGGCAUUCAGUAAUAGGACGAUUACAUGCGGCACAUAUGGACAAAUUGGCUCGAGAUCUGGACCUCAAGGCUCUGUUGUGCUUCCUUACCACCUACGUUCUCGCUCACUUUAUAUUCGGUACUUGGAUUUACCAAAAGUCAUGGGGUAGAAGGAGAUUGAUGAAGAGAAAGGAUGAAAUGUUUAAGGAGAAAUUAGAGGCUAUUAUCCAAGCUAUAGGUAAGAAAGAUUCCAUGUUGAAAAAGAGGAGACAAAGCAUUAGAAAACCAACCAGCUCAAUUAUAAAGAAAUCCUUCGAAUCCGUUUAGAGCUGUAUCUAGUUAAUGUGGGCUAUGUGGGAACCAUUUAAUAUGCAACAGACUGAAGCAGAACGCUUUAUUGGUGAUUCUGUGAUGACCACCAAAUGAAAAGGAAAACUAUAUAAGACAUCUAUUUGUGAUAAACUUUAGUCUUUAUGUCUUCAGACUAAAAAUUCCAAAUAAUCUGUCAGCGCAGAACUUUAACUUGAAUUUCUGUCUACAACAAGAAUAAUCCAAGUAAAGUUCACUGUAAAUCUUUACUGAAGUUAGUAGGACUCUUGCUAGAAACUUUUAUCUUCCAUGUUCCCAGAUUAACAGUGACAGCUGGGAACGUAUCAAUAUUUAGGUUGCAGUAAUUUUUAAAAUUAAACAUACAUUAUUGCAAGAGCUAAAUCUGCCUAUUUCAGGUCUUUCUUUAGGCCUGAAAUGUUAUCUAAAUUAUUAAUUAGACAUUAAUUAACUUAUCCAGACAAUAAUCAACUAUCGAUGUCAUCGCUAGCCUGUGAUAUUUAAUGGAUUAGGAUCCGUUUUGAAGCUCAACUUUCAUUCAUGAUUUAAUCAUGAAAUGGAUAAUCGAGACUAUGUCUGUUUAGUAAUGAUGGUCGAAUGGCUAAAUUCUCGGUUCAGAGUGGAUCAAUUUGACUAAAAGUUCAGCAAAUUGCCUUUACUAUAUCUAGUUUUAACUAUUAUAGUGAGAACUGUCGGCUCUUUAUCUAAUCUCCCAUAAUAUAUCUUUACCUGAAUGAGAAAAUUUACGAUUAGCUUGAAUAAUAAUGCUAAAACUUUAGCUUUGGCAUUUUAAAAUGUUCCUUUACUAACACCCUGGACAUGUUUAUAUAUAUUUAUUGUAAUCUUUGUUGAUAUUAUAUUCCAAUACACUACCUUUAGAAAGUGCUUUCAGAUAAUUUCUUUUGCUAUGGAAUUAAUGAUUCUAAAAUAUCUUAUUCGCGUUUUUAAAUAUUCAGGUUUUUUAUGCACACAGAUGUUAUAUGAUUUUAUCUAAAAUGUAUAUAUGUGAACAUUACCAUUAUUUUAUAGCCAUUUUAUGCAUUUAUACAAUUGAUUUGCAUAAAUAUUGCAUUAUAUUACAUAAUGCACAUGUAAUUAUAUUCUAUUUGAUAAAACUAGAAAACGUCAGGUAGAAAACAGUUUCAUAUUUUUUUUUGUACCAGGUCAUGUCUGCGUGAAGAGGGUAAGCAGAAAAUAGCAGGGGUGGGGGCAACGAAUGCGCUUUAGAUUAUAAGGUCUGUCGAAUCAAGUGGCGUGGUUUCGGUCACCAGCUUGUAUGGUAGCCUCUCCAUCCUAAAAUUAAACAAUAUACUAGUCUCAGGUGACUUACUUUGUGUCGAUGCAGCCGCAGUGGCUUAGCGAGUAAGACGUUGGCUCGCUAACCUGGCGGUCCCGUGUUCAAUCUGGUAUUGACCGAGAAAGUUCAUUGGGAUUUUCCGGCAUAGUUCUCCGAGGAACAACACAUAGUCGUGCGUAUGGAACAUAAGAACUGAGGUCCCGUGUACACAUUGUCGUGCACGUAAAAGGUCCCUUGGCAACUGGAAUUCGGUAUAAGAACAGGCCGUAGCGCCGCUGUCCGAGCAAAAUUUCGCUCAUAGCACACUGUAUGGUGAUGACCGUCUUCACUAGCCCAGCCGGGACAGAACAGUGGGGCGUUAAACCCUAUUUCAUUUCAUUUAUGUUAUCUGUUAUUGUUUUACUUUUGUAUUUAUCUCAUUUCAAUUCUGUUUGUGUGGAAUGGACGUUAAACUCUCUUUUGCCCCCCACCCCACCCCAACACACACAUCUUGUCACAUUAACAAUUCGCCCGUAGUUAAAAAAAAAUGUGAUGCUAUAAUUUUGUUUUCUUUUCGAAUUGUAUUUAUCAGUUAUCUCGUAUAUUUUAAAUCCUAGCUGUUAUGGUUUUGUAUUAUAUAAUUUACGCGCAUAUUGUAUAAAAAAACCGUAUUAAAUAAU